AUGAAGGCAUACACUUCCUCAAUCGGACGCUGGCGAGGAGAUGUUCGCUAUGUUGCGACUAGGAGAAUGCUGUCGAGCAUGGGCUCGAUUGGCAAAUUUGGUAUCGUACGGGAAAAGUUGCACGAUGAGGACAAAACGAAGAAAAAUACAAAAGGCGCACAAAGAUGCCUGUCUGCGAAAACCUUGACCAAUGUAAAUCUUACUCAAAUCAAGGCAAACACAUAUACAACCAUGACGCUGGGAAAGAGCUUCAUCCACGGUGUCCCAAACUCCGUUGAACGAAAUUUGCGAAGUUGCAUCCUCCAUGAUCCAUCACUCAGUCUGAUCGCUUCAGAAAAGGUUCUUUACAGGACUGACCAUAACAAUGACAAAGUCAUCCUGAUCUCCGGCGGCGGCUCCGGCCACGAGCCUGCCCAUGCUGGUUACUUGGGCGAGGGUGCAUUGGAUGUCAUUGUCGCAGGCGAAAUAUUUGCCUCUCCAUCUGCCUCGCAGAUCCUUACGGGGUUACAGACUGUCAAGUCGUCAAAAGGGUCCUUGAUGAUCGUCAAGAACUACACCGGCGACAAACUGAAUUUCGGUCUAGCGGCUGAGAAAGCGAAAGCUGAAGGCCAAAGAGUAGAGAUGGUCAUUAUUGGAGAUGAUGUAUCUGUUCAGGGCAAUUCGCUCGUCGGCCAGCGCGGUCUUGCUGGGACGGUCUUUUGUCACAAGAUCGCUGGGGCCAAAGCAGCUCAGGGGGCAUCCCUCGAUCGAGUCGCCGCCGUAACAAGAAAGGCUGCCUCGCAAAUGGCUACUGUCGCCGCGAGUCUCGAUCGAUGUAGCGUCCCAGGUCGAACAAGGCAAGAAGGUCUUCCUCACGACCAACUCGAGCUCGGAAUGGGAAUCCACAACGAACCAGGCGUCAAGCGCGAAGAGAUCUCCAGUCUUGAGAACACGGUCAAGAAGACUUUGGAUAUGAUAUUCACACCCAAGGAGCACAUGUGGCAACCUGAGAAGGGCCAGCGCACUGCCUUGAUGGUCAACAACCUCGGCGGACUGAGUGUUCUUGAGCUGGGCGUUGUUGCAGACGAAGUGGUGUCGCAAUUACUCCAGAAGGAUGUCAGAAUAGAAAGGAGUCUUGUUGGCACUUUUGUGACUUCGCUCGAUGGACCAGGUUUCUCUGUUACUCUUCUUUCGCUUGACGAUGAGCUGACGGAGCUUCUUGAUGCUCCUACCACAGCGCACGCCUGGCCACGUUCAAUCCAUGGAUGGGCGACAGAUGCCGAGUCCGUGGCCAAACGGGAAACAAUAGUCAGUCCACCCAAAGGGAUUGGCAGAAAGACGGGCAUUGAAGUACCAACCUCUCUUGUAAAGGUCCUCGUUGAGUCUGUUGCUCGAACGAUGUCGAGAGAUGAGCCCACAAUCACAGAAUACGACACACUUGCCGGUGAUGGUGAUUGCGGAGAGACACUUCUGAACGGGGUCACCGGUCUGGUAAAGGAGUUCCGGAACGACGAUGCAGUUUCUCUCGACAUCGGUCAAGUCUUCAGAAGAACAGCGACAACCGCGGAGCGAAGCAUGGGUGGCACAUCAGGCGCCAUCUACGCCAUCUUCCUCAACGCCGUAGCGAACCGUUUUUACAAGUUGACUACCGACUCACCCUCGAUUGGGAUCUCCGAAUUGAUGCAAGAAGCCCUCCAGAGCGGCUUAGACGAACUAUGCAGAUAUACACCUGCGCGUAUCGGUCACCGAACACUGAUGGAUGCUCUUAUCCCUUUCGUCAAGAACUAUACGUUGGAUGGCUCGCUAAGGGCUGCUUUGGCGGAAGCGCGCAAGGGCUCUGAGAGCACACGACAGAUGGCAGCGUCUUUAGGGCGGGCUAGUUAUGUUGGCCAGGAUCGGUUUGAUGAGGAGGGUGGUAUACCUGACCCUGGCGCUCUUGGUGUUCUGGGUGCCAGGGAUAUCUUUAUCCUGAUGACGGACAGGACAAAAUGGCAUGGCCUAGCCUGGGGCUCAAUGUCACCCUCCACAAUGUGGUCAGGUUUAGGCAAGUCUAAGCGGAGGUGGACUAAGCCCAUUACAGGCAUGUUUGGAGAUGACGAUCAGCCCGCCAAGCAUAAGCGCACUCGAUCAGGAUGUCUUAAUUGCAGACGCAAGAAGCGCAAAUGCGACGAAGGUCGACCGGCAUGCGGUACAUGUCGUCGUCGUAAUGAACCCUGCGAAUGGGGUCUCAAGAUUGCGUUCCGGGCUGAACACGCACAAUGCUUGAAUGCCCGGCAUCCAUCGAUGCGCAAGAUGGCGCGGAGGAGGCCGCCUAGAGAGUUUGAGAUCUUGGAUGUUACGGAUGAAGUCAUUCGUGAUUAUAAUGGUGCUGAGACCGAGGAGGAGGAUGGCAAUCAUGCAGAUCGUCACACAAGGAGCAGCAAUGAUGAUCAAACGAGUCUUGUAGUUAAUGAGAGACCUUCGGAGACCAGCUCCAAUACGACAGAAGGCUAUGUACCUAUACCUGUUCAAAGACCUCCCGUAAUCAACAUAUCGUCGCCAGCAUCACAGCGACGAACGGAAAACGCUGUCGCCGACCUACUCUACUUUAGUCAGAACGGCCAAUCUCACAAUUCCGUCGACAUAGACCCUGCUCUCCAAGUGUCUAUGGACACAGUCCCAAUUGACAUAAUAACAGAAUAUCCGUACAUGGAUCAAUUGCAAGCUUUCACACCAGAAGGGGCGUCUGAAGAUGGCAUCUUCCUACCAGGUUCUGCAUACCACGAAUUACACUCGACAUUGCGAAACCGUCUUAUACAAGAGACGCGGUCAAUUGCGCCGACGAGAUCGACGACGCCGCAUAUCGAACCGGAGGCCGAGUCGGGAGGUGCUACGUUGGAAGAGACGGAAGUUACGCUACCGAUAAACGACUUUCAGCCUUCGCAGGUGCCGCUCCUGUCGCAGCAAGAAGAGUGCUCUCUGUGGAAGAAUUACUUUGACGAGAUCGCUCCCUGGCUUGACAAGUUUGACCGAGACCGACACUUCCAGCAAAUUAUUCCAACAAUGAGCAAAGACAAUGGCCAUCUUCGAUACUCAAUGCUGGCUCUAUCGGCACGACAACUCGAGCUCAAGCAUACUCUUUCGACCAGCCGAAGUCUUGCACUCUACCAAGAAGCCAUUCACUUAUUACUCCCACACCUACCAACGCGCGGGACUGCGGUUAUUGCUACAUGUGUCAUUCUUUGCGUACUGGAGAUGCUUAGCUGCUCUCCAAAAGCAUGGCAACGACAUCUCGACGGGUGCGCCAGCCUGAUGGAAGCCGUGGGUAUUAAUGGCUUCGUUGGCGGGACAGAGCAAGCUUUGUUUUGGUGCUUUGCGCGCAUGGAUAUCUGUGGUGGUCUAAUAUCGUCGGUCAAGACGCUUAUACCCAUCAAUCAUUGGGCGUCGAAAACCUUGUCUAUCGAGAAUGAUGUUGAGCUGUUCAAGGCUGCCUCGACGUUCGAGAAUUGGGCCAAUUAUGCAGUAUACCUCACAGCCCAAGUGCUCGAUUUACUAGCACCCUCACCUUCAGAGCCAACACGCAACGAAGCGAAAUUCCGCACCAGAUGGCUUAAGCUAUGGAAAUACAUCUGCGAGUGGUAUCAAGACCGACCAGAACCUCUCCACCCCAUCAUGACGAUCCCCUCCACCGAAACCUCACCCUUCCCAACAAUCCUCUACUCGAAUCCCGCAGCCAUGUCGGGCAACCAAAUGCAUCACACCGCAUCAAUCCUGAUGCUUCAAAAUCAGCCCUCAUCGAUCCGACUGGGUCACGCAGCGAAACCGAGAAGUAUCCUUUGGCAUGCGAGGCAGGUUUGCGGUAUAAAACUUCUGAAGUGCUCUUUCGUGGAUGAAACCCCUGAGGAUAACCCAGAGGAGUCAGAGAACAAAGCAUCUGAGGCUUCAGGAAGUAGGAAGGUCGUGAACCAUAGUGCGAAAACGGCUGAGCGCUUGGCAACUUCAGAGAUGAAAAACGCAGCUAUCAAGAAGCUGAUAUCUGAAGAUGGAGGACCUCUUAGAUUUCAAAGGCCCUUCGGUUACUUCUGCUUCGGCAAGAAACAUGAAUUUCGUCUUCACGGCUCUAUCUUCUCAUUACGCUCCUCUGGCAAUUUAGCACCUGUCUUUGCCUUUCUUCAGAAAGGAAUGAUCAGAAUCCAACGAGAGGGCUUAUUUCAAACUCCUAGACCGAGAAGAUCUAACCCUCCAGCGGAAUUGUUGCGAAAGUUGCGGCUGAAGCAACUCGAACCAGAGGAUCGGUUCCGCGAUCCUUAUAUCCUUGCUGUUCUUAUUGGCCUUGCACAGUCACAAGCUGAGGACAAGAGCUCCCCUCAGACUCGCCAUCGCCAAGAUUACGUUUUCAAGACCUCUGCAGUAUAUGUCGACGAGGAAAACCAGGAUUUCUUCUACUUCUACAACGCACAGAUCUCUUUUGCUUUUUUGAGCAAGUUCGAGUAUCCACAGUCACUCCACAAACCAAAGGGCGCUAUGUCCUCGGACCUUUCCAUCCGGAUGAAGAAAAUCAGCUUUCAGCCCUACUCGACUUUGAAAUCGCGACUCCUUGCAGAGAUUGAAGCUUGCUUCAAUGAUGAGAGCUACAGUAAGUUCUUGAGAUACUGUUUUCUGAAAGACGAAGGCAAACCGGAACAAGCAGCAAAGAAAACUUCCAAAUGA